CGUCAUUGUGUCAACAUGGCGCCUGUCUGCCGGACAAAAGGCGAAUCUGUCUGACGGUGGAUUGAAACCCAAUUAGAAACAGAGGAGACAUUUUGGGAAAACUGACAGUCUUCGUGUGUCCUGGCGCCCCAAGGCAAUACAUAUAUGGUCAAAUAAACAUCUGUGGAGGCUCUUAGACUGGAAUAUUAAGGAUGUUCCAGCAGUGUGAGGAGCCUCGUUUCACCAUCGAGCAGAUUGACCUCCUCCAGAGGCUAAGGAGGACAGGGAUCACACAGGCGGAGGUCCUCCACGCCCUGGACACCUUGGACCACUUGGACCGGAAACAUGGACACAAGUUGGCCCAUAAACCUUCCUACAUGCCUCCCUCGUCUUCCUCCAGCACCGCCGCAGCCUCUUCCUCCAUGACUUCCACCGCCACUCAGACAAGUUUCCCUGACAACCGACUCUCACUGUCACCUAAUAACAACUUCGACACCACCUCCCCGCCUCUACCGAUUCCAGUAGCUUCACCUGUCGUCAUAGCAGCGGUAGCUCAGAACGGUCUAGUCGGUGUCACCAACGGGAAGCUGUCACCACCCCGGUUUCCUCUUGGUGUGGUUAGUGGCAGCGUGACGGCACCGGGCUAUGGGUUUGAGACCAGUGAAGAGGACAUAGAUGUUGAUGACAAGGUGGAGGACUUGAUGAGGAGAGACAGUGCUGUGAUCAAAGAGGAGAUUAAGUCCUUCCUGGCAAACAGGCGGAUCUCCCAGGCUGUGGUCGCUCAGGUAACGGGGAUCAGUCAGAGUCGGAUCUCCCACUGGCUCCUGCAGCAGGGAUCAGACCUCAGCGAGCAGAAGAAACGAGCCUUCUUCCGCUGGUACCAGCUGGAGAAGACCAACCCUGGUGCCACACUGGCCAUGCGAGCCGCACCGCUGGCUCUUGACGACAUGAUGGACUGGCACCAAGCCCCGCCUCCAUUUGGCUCGGCCCCUACGGGGUUCCGUCUGCGGCGGGGGAGCCGGUUCACCUGGAGAAAGGAGUGUCUGGCUGUUAUGGAGAGCUACUUCAGUGAUAACCAGUACCCCGAUGAGGCGAAGAGAGAGGAGAUUGCCACUGCCUGCAACGCUGUCAUUCAGAAACCAGGAAAGAAGCUGUCAGAUUUGGAGAGGGUCACAUCUCUGAAAGUCUACAACUGGUUUGCCAACCGCCGCAAAGACAUCAAGAGGCGCGCUAACAUUGAAGCAGCCAUCUUGGAGAGCCACGGCAUCGAGGUUCAAAGUCCAGGAGGUCAGUCCAACAGCGACGAAGUGGACGGCAACGACUUCCCUGACCAGGGUUGUGAGGUGUCCUUAUUUGACAAGAGAGCUUCAGCCAGGCAGUUUGGUUUCAGUCGAGCUGAUCUGUCCUCUCCGACCCAGGUUCCCACGCUGCUCCCUAGCUGGUUUUCCGCCCUGGGUAGAGGAGGCUUGUCUGGACAGAGGGGCACUUCUCUGAUUAGCCGCUCCCUAGUGGCAGGGGCAGGCCCUCAGGCGGAAGGUUCCAGAUUGACAGGUGUGUCCUGGUCUCCCCCCUCCCCGUCCCUCCAGGACGAACCCACCAUCCACAGUGCGCUGUCCGAGGCCCAGGACCCAAUCGGUUUGGAGAAGGCGGCUGUCAAUCACAGCAACCAAGCCCUAGCCAGUCAGGUUGAUGGGGAAAGGUGCAGUAUGGGGAAUGAAAUCAAGACGGAAACGGUGGAGGACGACUGAAGGGGGCGGUGGAUAUUGGAAUUGUCGGGGUAAUGAAUGGAACAGGAUCAGAGGUGUGUUAAUAUGCAAGCAGAUUUUAUAGGAAUGUAAUAAGUGAAAAAAAAAAAGACCAAAAGUCGUGUAAACUCCAACCCUGAGAUACCUCCCAACCCUACCUCCAACCACCAACCUUCUGCUACGCUCUUAUAGGCAUUACUAGUAUAUUAUAAUAUUAAUGAUAAACCUUUAUCUGUUAAAGUCCUCCCCAGCAGGCUAUGACAAUGCCUAAAUAAAAACAAAUCAAACAAAGACGGAAAUAAAAUAAAUCAUGAAUUAUUUAAUUAACACAGUAACUGUGUACUAGGGCUGCACAAUAUGGUAAAAGAAAUCAUAUUAUUUAGACAGAUUGUACGAUUGCGAUAUGAUUCACAAUUAGUGAGAAUUUUUGCAUCACAACUUUAAUUUUUACUGAAAGAUCUAUUAAAAUCAUGAUGUGACAUUUUUUGGAGUCUGUACCAAACAAACGAUUUGUAGGCACGGCACAACAGUACCUCAUUAUAAUACUGUUUUGUUACGUUUUACUUUUAUCAAAAAAAUCGCAGCUUCUGCACUAUUGAGAUUUUAAGAAUAUUUCGAUUAAUUGUGCAGGCCUAAUGCACAAAUUAAAAAAUAAAUUCAUAUAGCAAUGUAUAUUGUUUUUCACUUUGUUGAUUUGGUUUUAUCUGGGCAUUUUAAAUCUUCCGUAGGAGAAUGUCUAACAGGACAUGAUGCAUUGUGCAGAUUUCUUUGAAAACUGCAUUUUUCACAGCAGGACAACACUGUAUUUGACACGGGGUUCAAAUAGUUUCAGGGUCUUGCACUGUGAUCACAACACAACUGAACAGCCUCAAAAGAUAAAUAACAUGAAUUUGAAAGUUAAGUUCAUUUUAACUGAUUGUUUUAAAAUUAUGUAGCACAUUUCAUCACAGUUAAAUCAUAUUUCAAUUUUUUGCUGUUUAUUCCUUCCAGUGAGAAGAAGUGCAGAAUAAGCUCAGUUUCAUCGAGGUCACAGCUCGUUAUAUUUCUGUGAGCCUAAGAUGAUUUUAAAAUGUAAAAGAGAGAAAGAAACAGAAUCACUCACUCCUUCAUCCCUGGCCCUGGUAAAAUAAGCUUAAUGUAUGGAAGCAAAGAAAGGCCAUUAUAAUGUAGAAUUUUGUGAACUACUGAAUGAAAUUGAAAACCAUCUAUCUGCAUUUGUGUGGUUAAAUUACCCUCUGUGAAAUGUCAAGUGAGUUCUCCAAUUUCUAAAAUGCAACUGAAGUGACUUUUGUUGGUUGUUGAACUGUGCAGAGGUUUCAGUAACCCAUCUGAAUGUCUUUAUUGGAUCACAUGACUGACAUAACUUCAGAAAUUCAAGUUUUACCAAUAACCCCUCCAUACAAAGGCACUCCUGAGUUGUUGUUUUUUUAAAUUGUAAAAUUUGAAAUUACAAUGAGGAUCCCAUAAACAGGUGUUUUUUAAUUUAAUUCAGGGUAUUUGAAUAUGAACAAUAACAGAAAUUUCAUAAAUAGGUAUUCAGUUGAUAAGAUUCAGAUUGUUACAGCCUCUCUUUGCUUCCAUAUUAAUAACACAUCAUUAAAAAAAGAAAAAAAGCUACACGAUAAAUAAAUAUCAAAGGAAACCAAAAUCAUUGAUAGAUUUAUAGAAAAUAUAAAAUAAAACUAGGAACCCGGAUGUCUAGGUGACCGAGUGUUAUUCAUUUGUACCCACUUACCCGGUGGGUGAUCAGGCAGAAUGAAUCAAUCACUGUGAGAUGAUCUAUAAUCAAUACAGACCAGUUGGGAGGUAUUCCACAGUGUAACAAGCUGUUACUAGAUACUACAGAUAAAAGUGUAAAGUGAAUACAUACAUAUACCACAUGUGUAUGUAUGCAUACACACAUACAUAUAUACAGUAUGUUAUAUAAGCUGUGGGGGUAUAUAUAUAUAUAUGUACCCUGAUCCAUUUCUAUUUACAGUAUAUAGACAUAUUAGCUUCAAAUGAGAGAAACUAUCAGUAUGAGUCUUUCUGUUGGUGAAAGGUGAGUGAACCAUUAGCCAAAGUAUUAAGUUUAAAUUUAGUGUAUUUUCUGAGUGUAUGAUAGUCAUGGGUGGAAUUAUGUAUUAGAGAUAUGCUAAUCAAAGAUGCAUCAGAUGUGUCAAAUUAUUGCAAGCAAAAUGCAUUUUUCCUUUUUAGGUAUAUCUGUGUUUGUGCUCGAUAUGCCAUGUGUUCUAAACACAUACUGUCAUGUUUCAAUUGUAUUUUCAUUUUAAAUGACACUUUAUUGGAUCUUUAUCAUGGUGCUUAGAGUCCCUGCUGUUGAAACAUUUCAUUGAUCGGUAUGAAUGACAGAGGCAGUAGAAAGACAAAAAAAAGAACUGGGAAACUGCGGUUUUCCUCAGAAAGCUAAUAGUUGAACAUUUAGUGAGUGAGUUCUCUUGAUAAAACCACAGCAGGAAGUGUUAUUUAGCUGAAACAUAAAUCUUUGAUUAGACUAGUCAAAUCAAGAAAUAUUUAUCAGUACAGUACAGUCAUUGUAGAAGUCCAAUCCAUCUCCAUCCCCACAAGGAAUUCUUUAAAGUUGGGUUUUGCUGGUUUUUUUAGCCUUUUGGUGGCUAUUUAACCAUAUCUGAUAACUGGAUGGGUGAAUCUUCUUUUAAUUUGAAAGAACACUUGUCAUUAAGCCUUACAUCAUCAUCUUACCAAGUGCUCAUUCACUAGUUUAUCAGCGAGAAUGUUAGCUCACUGUUAAUACGUCCCUCUAUAGUAUGCACCUUUAUAAAGUUGCUAUGGCUAACACGUUAGCAAACUGUUGCCUGUUCAGACAAACAGCAACACUAGCAUUUCAUUUAAACUUAUAAUAUUCAUUCUCCUUUAAGCUCUGUUGACAGAUUGGUGCAGCUAUAAUUGAUUGAAUUUUUUGAACUAUGCUGUAUGGAUUUAAGUUUAAGUGCCUUAUUUUUUGCAGUGAACUGGCAGGAUCAGUGCAUGAAGGACUUCUACAAUGACUGUACGUAUAUACAUCACUGUAUCUGAAGCAAUGCAAGGAAGCUAAACACAUGAUGUUCUGUAAGGGCCAACACUAAAGUGGCUUCAUUUAAAUCGGUUCAUCAUUGUUCAUCACCAGGUGCUUUACAGGCUAAGCUACUAGUUCAGAGUUAAAAACUCAACACAAAUACCUCACUUUACCCCCCCCCGCAGCUAUAAGCUACACCCCACAGGUUCCUCCACAGCUGCUUCAAUGUGAAUCAAAUUUAGACAGUGGAGAGUAAAAGUAACUGUAGAGCUGAUUUAUUCAGAGGAGACUGACAGCAAACUGUGAUGAGGCUGUAAAGAUGGUUCACUGGCUCAUCUGGGACAACAGAAAUGUCAGUGUCCUUUUUAAAAGGGAAAUUCCUUCUCGAAAUCGAGCCAAUAAAUAUUAAGUUUGAAAGUAAAGGGAAAUUCCACUCCAAAAAAGAAUUUAUUAUUCAUUCAUAGUCCAUGAAAUACUUCUACAGAUACCCCCACCCCUCAGCCUGGUGCAAUACAAACAACCCAUCAAUGUCGGUUUCAGACUAAAAUGUCUGAAGUUUUGUGGUGGAAUGUCUCUUUAAUUGUAUGGCAGCAGAGCUGUCCUGGGUGUCUUUGCUUUAAGCGUUUAUAAAACUCUGAGGCAUCAUUAGUCAGUUGCUUUCUGUCAUCUGAAUUAUUUACACCAAAAUACACUAUCCCACUAGGGGUUAGAAGAUGUGUUUUAUUUUCUUUUAAAUCUGCUAAGCAGAAGCCUUUCUGAAGUGAAUCUGUGGAUUCAUUUAAGACAACGUGCUGUUUUGAGAUUAUUUCAGGGUUUUUAAUCGUUUAAAAUUGCUGCCUUCAUGGUAGUCUCAUGAAGUUGUACUUCGGAGUUCUGAAGCAGCAAAUUGAUGUGAAGUGAAAAAGUAGUUUAUUAGUGUCAUUUAUAGUCAUUUUAGAGCUAAAAAGUUUGAAAGUAAAAAGAGUUAAAAUGAAAAACAAUGAACAGAAACAAAACUGUUAAUGGUACAUGUGAGGCUGCUGUCUUAGUUUGUUUUUUAUUAUCUCAGAUCCUCUUCCUGUCUUUACAUUUUGCCUAUUUUCUGUCACAAGGUGGCUGUUUAAACAUUUAAAGAUGAAGUGGUUAUUCUCUUUAACUCUACAGUGUUAAAGUAGGGCCAAAAUUCAGUAGAUCAUCUAGAAAUAAGCCAAAAUAACUGCUUGACAUAAUAAAACCAGAACAGUUUGACAGCAAUCUCGUGACCUUUCAUGUUGUUUCUCAAUAACAGAGUUCAUUUUAAAUCGAUUGGUCUUUGUUUCUUGACUACAUUUGAUUUUGCUUUCAGUUUUUGACCCUAAAGUGGCUCCUUACUUUUUAUUUACAGAAAUCAGAGUGUCAGAAAGUGUGUAUUCAUAUUAUAAUCAACCUGAAAUGCAUAAUAAGUCAAAAUGAUCAUGGAAUAGAAACACAGUUGUACCAGUUUUCCCAUAAACGACACAGAAAGCCUUUGCUCUUCCAGUUAUAUUCAGCACUGUGUCAGACUACCCACGUGCAGUUUGUUUCUGACAGCAGUGGCGGCAGCAUGUUGUAUCUUUUCAUUGGCUAAAAUGCAGUUCUACCAUCUGCCUUCAGUCCUCUGUUGCCUUGCUGUACUGUUUUGUUUGAAAGGAUGAGCUUCCUUUGCUGGUUCUUCACAGGAACAAAAGCAGCUGAGGUUUCAGAUCAGAUCCUGUUUUUUUUUUUUUACACCUGGAACACCUGUACAGUGCACAGUCCUUCAGGCACUGAUGUCUCGAUCCCAUUUGUCUUUGUCCUGCCAAAUCCAACUGUCUCUUCCUCUGGCAAUACUCCUGUCCCCUAACACAGACGGCACGGUAAAUAUUUGUCUUUAUACUGUUUGGAUUGUGGCUGCUUCCAGUGGCACUUGUCGAGGAAGGUGUUAAAGGGGUUGUAGAGGAUCUUGAUCUGAUCUGAGGUCUGCUGUGUGAUUUAAAAGCACAGGGAUCUGUUGUCUGUGUGGUCUCUGUCAGUUCAUGCCUCAGGACUGAAAGCUCCAGUCUGUCUCUAACCUUAGUCAACAUUGUGAAUAUAAUAGCUGCAGUUUGACAUUUGAAGAGUUAAUGUUCCAAAAAGCUGUUUUUAUUGAGGUCGACAUUCGUGCAUUCAACAUAAAAGUGUAAAUGUUCCAUUCCUCACGUUCUCCUUUAAUCAGCCAAUGACUGUAUAUACUUAAAAAAUGAACAUCUGGUUCAAUCAUUUUAUCAGUCAUGUAAAAAAAACAUUUACUUUUCUUUAAACUUGAGUGGUUACCAUUUCAUUUUGGCAAUAAACUCUUCAAUAAUUCUCUAAAGAAUGAAAAAUAUCAACCUCAGCAAGACGUUUGUUGUAUCAGUUUUAAUUGAUUUUUAUCCCCUAUCGUUCUUAUCUAUUUCAAGAUUUAGUGCCUUUUUUGGACGGUAGACUGUUCUGUAAUCGCUAUGUAGAAAAUCUACAUAUGCCUUUUGUUACUUUUUCAUCUGUUGGAUAAACCUUAUUUGUUAUUUUUAAGGUGUGUUUUUAUUGAUAUUCUAUUUACAAGGGAAUAAAAACUGAUCAGAGUCCA